UGCACUCCAUGCCGUGCGAGCUGUGGAACCUUAUAAAUUGCUCUGCUAUGUGAUCAUUAGCUCCAGCUGCUUCCAUGCCGGCCUUCGAUGAAGACCGCCGCUGCGUUCUUAUGAUGAAGGGCGAAGCGGUGCCAUAUUAAAGAUCUUGGCCUGCCAACAUGACGCAUUCCUGCCGAAGCAAGCAGUGAAGAGCGGGGUGUCUCUGGAUGUGCUCAGCUGGAGUCGGUUAGCGUUGGCCAAACUAACUUUGUCUUCGUUUGUGCCUGGUCGCUGGCCAUGGGCUUACUUCUCUGGUGAAGAUGAAGUGCAUCACGCGGCCACUUUCUGGAACUCAAGGCCCAAGUGAAGUACAUACGCACUAAUAUGAACAUCCUCGAGGCACUUAUAUUGAAGCUCGCAAGUUAGUGAACGCAUUCCUCGCCCCAUGCUUGCGGAGGAAGGUAUGUGGCACUACAUGACGUGGAGGCGCAGCAGUCUGCUCUUGCUGCUCUGGGGUAGCAGCAUACGCGGCCAUCUCUGUUGGAAGGUUAUUCACCGUAAAGAAGGAGAAGUGUGCGGAGUCAAAUAA